AGAAUGUUCCAAACCGCUAAUUUUGUUGUUGUUGACUGUGUUGUUUUUUGAUGCUCAAACGCUUAAAACGUAUUAAAUUCCGCCAUGGAUGUGGUGGAAACUAACAAUAACACACUUGUACCUGAAGGCAAGUUGACACAGUUUGCUGAGAAGCGAAAAGCAACAAUUGAAGAUGAUGACAGCGAGAUCAAAAGACUGAAGCACAGUGUUUCGGAAUUCAGCGACAAUACAGAAACUAAACAAGCGGAUGUGCACGUGCCUCCUGAUGGCAAUGGUAAACAGAUCGCCCAGCGACUGCCAGCACAGAGUCCAAAGAAACGUUUGCAACUGGACAACAGAAAUGCAGCUGGCAGCAGCAACAAGGCAAAACAAACCAGAAAUGAAACAUUCAUGUACGGCAACUACAAGCAGUACUAUGGAAAGCGUAUUCUGGACAAAGAUUUCCACGACAUACGUUUGGAUGUCUUCGCUACACAGCCGCAACUAUUUGGUGGCAAGCAAUUGCUGGAUAUUGGAUGCAAUUCUGGUCAUUUAUCCAUACAGAUCGCUAAGCAGUUUGAAGCCAAGAGUCUCAUUGGCCUCGACAUUGAUCGCAGUUUGGCCCACGAUGCCCAAAUUGCUAUAAAUAAUAUGAAACGGGCCAGCAAUGUAUCUGUCUCGGCUGCAGCUGGCAAGUUUCCGUAUAAUGUGAAAUUUGUGCAUGGUAAUUAUGUGCUAGAGGAUGAUGUGCUACUCGAGAUCGAGCGUCCACAAUACGAUGUGAUCUUGUGCUUGUCGGUCACCAAGUGGAUACACUUAAACUUUUGUGAUGCAGGUCUGAAGCAGGCAUUCCGGCGAAUGUUCCUUCAGCUUCGACCGGGUGGAAAGCUGAUACUAGAGCCCCAAUCUUUCGACACCUACAAACGUCGCAAGAAGCUUUCGGAUAAAAUACGUGAAAAUUACAAUACCAUUAAAUUUAAACCAGAGGAGUUCACGGAUUAUCUGCUCAGCCCGGAAGUAGGCUUCUCCACCAUGGAACUCAUGGGUCAGCCGGAACACUGCAAGGCUGGCUUCAAGCGCCCCAUUCAGAUUUUUAGCAAAGUCUAGUUUACUUGAACAUUUUAUAGAGAUCGACCAUUAAAAGUGAGCCAAACGUCAGAGAGGAAA